GUUCCUGCAGCAGCGCCCCCGGCGUGCCCGCCCAAGGCCGCCGCUAACGGGGCUCCGCCGGCGCCUCGCCUCGCCGUGUCCUCCCGAGCCGCGGUGGUAGCCAGGAUGGAAGGCGCGGCCCAGGGGGGCCUGCAGACCGUCAUGAAAUGGAAGACAGUGGUUGCCAUCUUCGUGGUCGUGGUGGUCUACCUCGUCACGGGUGGUCUCGUCUUCCGGGCGUUGGAGCAGCCCUUUGAGAGCAGCCAAAAGAACACUAUAGCCUUGGAGAAGGCGGAAUUCCUGCGGGAUCAUAUCUGUGUGAGCCCCCAGGAGCUGGAGACGCUGAUCCAGCACGCUCUUGACGCUGACAACGCAGGAGUGAGCCCAGUAGGAAACUCUUCCAACAGCAGCAGCCACUGGGACCUCGGAAGCGCCUUUUUCUUUGCUGGGACUGUCAUCACCACCAUAGGGUAUGGGAAUAUUGCUCCAAGCACUGAAGGAGGCAAAAUCUUUUGUAUUUUAUAUGCCAUCUUUGGAAUUCCACUCUUUGGUUUCUUAUUGGCUGGAAUUGGAGACCAACUUGGAACCAUCUUUGGGAAAAGCAUUGCAAGAGUGGAGAAGGUCUUUCGAAAAAAGCAAGUGAGUCAGACCAAGAUCCGGGUCAUCUCAACCAUCCUGUUCAUCUUGGCCGGCUGUGUCGUGUUUGUGACAAUCCCCGCCGUCAUCUUCAAAUACAUUGAGGGGUGGACGGCCCUGGAGUCCAUUUACUUUGUGGUGGUCACUCUCACCACGGUGGGCUUUGGUGAUUUUGUGGCAGGGGGAAACGCUGGCAUCAAUUACCGGGAGUGGUAUAAGCCCCUGGUGUGGUUUUGGAUCCUUGUUGGCCUUGCCUACUUUGCAGCUGUCCUCAGCAUGAUCGGAGAUUGGCUACGCGUUUUAUCCAAAAAGACAAAAGAAGAGGUGGGCGAGAUCAAGGCGCACGCGGCCGAGUGGAAGGCCAACGUGACGGCCGAGUUCCGGGAGACGCGGCGGCGGCUGAGCGUGGAGAUCCACGACAAGCUGCAGCGCGCCGCCACCAUCCGCAGCAUGGAGCGCCGGCGCCUGGGCCUGGACCAGCGGGCUCACUCACUCGACAUGCUCUCGCCGGAGAAGCGCUCGGUGUUCGCCGCGCUCGACGCGGGCCGCUGCAAGGCCUCGUCCCAGGAGAGCAUCGACCACCGGCCCAACAACCUACGGCUGCAGGCGUCGGAGCCGCUGCAGAAGCGCGGGCAGGGCGCCUCCGAGGAUAACAUCGUCAACAAGCUGGGCUCCGCCUCCAGGCUCACCAAGAGGAAGAACCGGGACCUCCGCAAGGCCCUGCCCGAGGAUGUGCACAGGAUCUACAGGACCCUCCGCCACUACUCCCUGGACGAGGAGAAGAAGGAGGACACGGAGAAGGGGUGCAACUCGGACCACUCCAGCACCGCCGUGCUCACCGACUGCGCCCAGCCGCCGGCCGGCGCGGGGGACGGCGUGGGCCCCGCCGACGCCAAAGACGCGGAGCGCGACAGCAGCGCGCUGCUAGAAGCCAGAAACUAAGCGGGAAGGACGCACUGGACGUGACCCAGCCUUGUCUUUUGUUUGUUUUUAAAUAUAUUCACCCUGAGACACGUGCCUUAAAACAAGACUUCUCGUUAGUCAGAAAUUACAUAGCAUCGAAGAAGAUAUUUCACUGUGCCAUAAACGACCGAGAAAGCUCGCUCUGCCAAAAGGGAAUCAAAAGAACAAGGACAUGCCUUUUGAUCACAGCCGCAGGACACCCAGGGCGCCUUCGCGGGCGCGGGAGGUCACGGCUGCCGAGGUCCAGGGCACGUGCCGGCCAUGGAUGCGGUGGCCCCGGGCAGCGCCACCGCGCUCCGGAGGGCGCGAAAGGGCAGCUAUUCGUAGACCAGCCGUCUGAAAGGAACAGGUGUGUCUUUUGAAGGAAGUCGUUUCCUGAACCCACUGUCAGGAAUGUGUGCACGCACGCACAAGGGGACUGGACUGGGAGGUGGACUGGUCCUUGUCACUUGGGGUCGGAGCGGACAUGUUGGAAUGUUGCUCUGAGCUCCGAUUUUGAGACAAAAGCGUUCAGUGCAUCCCUAGUCUUUUCUAAGCUCCAGAUGAACGUCCCUGGGACCCGAGAGCACCUAGAAUUUGUUGGAAGCAGAUGAGAGCACACGUAUCAAAAGGUGCAAUUGCUUUCCUCAUUACAAGAGAAAAAAAAAAAAGUCACAUCACACUGUGGAUAUCACCUUAACCAAUGACAGAAGCCUGCUGAAUUUUGUCUUUCUCACAGGUAGUCCAAUCGGACUCGCAAGCAUUGGUGAACACUCAACCUCAGCCGCUGCGUGGUGACAGGCAAAAACCAAACCUCAGUGCACGGUGCGCUGAAAAGGCACCAAAAGGGUGCAACGGUGAAAACAAACUGGUUUUGAAAUGUUCAUGUUCACUUUUCUAGUGGAACUUGUUACAAUUGGUUUUGAUAAAAAGGGGGAAAAUACCAAAACUAUUGCCUUGCAUGAUGCCAGUGGCUUACUGUCCUGUCUAGCUAAUCCUAAAUGUUUGUAAACAUAGACAUCCUGCAUGUCUGAGACAUACCAAGGAGGACCAUGGCAUCGUUCCUUCUCAGGGCUUCUCGUCCCUUUGGGUGUCUUAGGGUAGACAGAGUGACACCAGGUCCUAUCCUGCUAUUUGCAAACAAAAGGAAAAGGAAUCCCUCAAACCAACCCUUGUACGAGAAGAUUGAAUUGUUUUCAUUGCUUGCAGCUUAAGUGCCAUUACUGCCAUUUUUUUUAAAAAUAAUACUUAAAAGAAGUAUUUGAAAGAC